UCGGAGGCGGCGAGGAGGAUGCGCCGGUUUAGCAGCCGCGAAGCCGGGAAGACGCGUCCGUGUCCAAUGCGGGGCAGCGAUCCGGAUCUUCCAGCGGCAGGAGCAUCAGCAGCGCAGAACGGGUGGGCUUUCUCGAAGGCGAUGGGGCGGAGAAAGGGAGGGAGAAAGUAGAGAUUGCGAAGUGCGGCCAGGACUUGAAACUUCUCUCCCGUCUUCAAUGGGCGCGUUGGAUUCCUUCGCCGGAGGAGGAGGCGGCGGCGCGGCUGGGUCGGGAGGGAACCCCACUUCUCUGAGCAGCAUGCUGAACGGGGCGGAGAGCCAAAGCUUCGCCAAGGAGCCUCCCGAUCUCCCGGCGGCUUCCAAAGAGACCGAAAGCGAGUUAAAACACGGCGCCCACACGGAGCGCUUCUACUACCCGCAGGAGGCUCCGAUGCAGAGCGCGGGGUGCAACGUGGGGCUGAACUACAUGGGGCAAGGCGGCUUCGGAGCGGGCAACGCGUCGCUGCCCUCCCCGGGAAGGUUCCUGGCGCCGCCCGCGAACACUUGCGCGUCCUACCGGGCCCAGCCGCCUCCCGUGGGCUUCUCGGCGCCCAGCGGGGAUCUCUACCCGAACCCGGGGGAGCUGUACCCCGGCAGCGGCGGGGAGAGCGGCUACGCGGCCCCCGUCCAGCCCCCCGCCUUCCCCCGAGGGCCACUCUACCCCGUGCCCGGCUACCAGGUCUCCGGCAAGGUCCAGGUGGUGCUCAACAACUACCCGCUUUGGGCCAAGUUCCACAAGCACCAGACCGAGAUGAUCAUCACCAAGCAGGGCAGGCGGAUGUUCCCGUUUCUGAGCUUCAACAUCUCUGGGCUGGACCCUGUAGCCCAUUACAGCAUCUAUGUGGACAUUAUAUUAGUCGACCAGCACCACUGGCGGUACCAAGGCGGGAAAUGGGUUCAGUGUGGAAAGGCAGAGGGAAAUAUGCCAGGGAAUCGGACAUAUAUGCAUCCGGAUUCUCCCAACACAGGAGCCCACUGGAUGCGGCAGGAGAUCUCCUUUGGGAAGCUGAAGCUCACCAAUAACAAAGGAGCAUCCAACAACGUCACACAGAUGGUUGUGUUGCAGUCUUUGCACAAGUACCAGCCCCGUCUACAUGUUACUGAAGCUAAGCCUGGUGAGCUGGACGAGGCACACCCCUCCAUCUGCACCCAGAGCUUCACCUUCCCAGAGACACAGUUCAUUGCAGUUACAGCCUACCAGAACGCUGAUAUCACCCAGCUGAAGAUAGACCACAAUCCUUUUGCUAAAGGGUUCCGGGACAACUAUGAUUCGAUGUACACCACCACUGAUGGAGACCGCACGACACCAUCUCCACCUAGUGUUGCCAAUUGCCAGCAGCUCCUCACUGGCAGCCGUUUCCAGCCCUUCUUGCACGAUCAAUACAUGCUCCCUCAGAGCCGCUUCUACAACAGGGAGCGUGCCCCACUCCCCCUGCCACCCAAGGAUACUCACCACUGGUAUUUUGCUUCGCAACAGCCAACGGCUUCCCCUCUGGAAUACAGCACCUAUGAGGGUGACUUCAGGGGGAACAAAUUCAUGCCCUAUGGGGUGAAGCCCUUUGCUCUGCAGGCUGCUCCACACCCCUCGUUGCCCUACUACCAGGAGCACCCCUUUGGUCCCUCUGCCACCUGGAGUUCCCCACCGCAAUAUCACCACCCCAAGCCCACCCCGGGCACCUUGAGCUGGUUCCGGCCCAUGAGGGACUUGCAAGUGGUGGCCCCUAGCGAUGAGAAGGGGAAGGACAAUGAGGUCUGGGCUGAGCUGGGCUCAGUAAAGUCAGCAGAUUCCUCAGACUCUGGGUUGUAUGAAGCAGAGUGCAAGCGUCGCCGGGUAUCUCCUUAUGUCUCCAGCGCCGAAAGCUCUCCGCCUAUUCGCAACGGAGAGCUCUAUGACAAAGAAGGUGGUGACGGUGGUUACUAUGGCUUUUAUGGCAACUGAAGAGGAAUAGUAACUUUCACAAGAAACAGUGGUGCUUGGAAGUAUUAUCUUUUCAGAUUUCAGCUCCCAAAAUCCUUCAGGCCACACUGGCUUGGGGAUUAUGAGAGGUAUAGUCCAAAAAGUAACUCUUUCAUGUUCUAGGAAAGGAGUGGGGUCCUUCUGAACACCCAACUCUCCUGCACUCAUAUCAGGGGAACCCCACAUGAUGGGAACCCUUUCUUGUUUGAGAGAAAGGUAUGCACCUUUGUGAGCAUAGCUGAGAGUAUUGCUAGGGCAUAGAAUAAAGUUCUUUCUAGUCAAGUUU